AUACCUAAACCAGUGACAACAACUGGAGGGUCACAUACAGGCUAGAAGAAAAAGAACUCUGGCUUAGGGGUCCAAGAUUUUCUUUUAAGAUGAAAACAUUUAUUUUUUUCACUUUAUUUGAAAACUGAGGUUCAAGAAUCGUUACAGAACCGCACAUGGAAAAACGUUUCAGUGGGCCGACAAAACAGUGUUAAAAAAUCUUUUUUGCAAACUUUUGGAACUGAAGUUUGGGCUUUCAGCAACUGUUAGCCUUAAUCAUUAAAAUUAACAGAAAGAACAAAAUGAACUAUAUCUCUGUGUAAAAUGAAUAUAUCUAAUGUAGAGUUUCAACUACUUGAAUUGAAUUGUUGAAAGAAAUGAACUAUUUGAUGAUAUUCUAACUUAUUGAGAAACUUUAUCAAUGGUUUGAUGUUGUUCUGCUCUGUCCAUGGUGCUGAAAUGACUAGACUGUAUUAGAUUCGCCAAAUUUUACAUCGUCCUCUUCUGAUAGAUGGUGACAGAAGAGGAUGUUCAGGAUAUUAACAGAAAAAAAAUGUCACCAAAGCAUUCAUAUUCUCGUCUAUAAACAGUUUUUGAAAUAAAAUAUAUUAGUAAUUUUGACCAGCAAUAUGUUUGAGUCCACAGGCCACACGGUUGCAACCUGUAAGUUGAGCAAAGGAGGAGGGAGGAGGAGGAGGAGGGAGGCUGGGAAGGGAGGAGGAGGAGGAAGAGGAGGAGGAUGCCGGGAGGCGCCCUGGCUGUGAACAGCCUCAGUCUGGUGACGGAGAGCACAGGAGGCUCCCGUGGCUGCCCGCUCCUCCCGGCUCUUUUCAUGUCCGGGGCCACACUGCUUGCGAGGGGCCUGCUGGGAGGAUGACGAUGAUGACCAUGAACGGCAAGCAACACUUCUCCAUGCACCCGGCCCUGCACGAGCCCAAAUAUCCCGGCCUGCACUCAGGCUCGGAGGGCAUGCGCAGAGUCUGUCUGCCGGCCCCGCAGCUGCAGGGCAAUAUAUUCGGAGGCUUUGAUGAGAGCCUGCUGGCACGGGCUGAAGCUCUGGCGGCUGCUGACAGCAUUGUCUCUCAAGGCAAGAGCCACCCGUUCAAACCAGACGUGACUUACCAUACCAUGAGCAGUGUCCCCUGCACCUCAGCCUCCUCUUCCUCCUCCACCACCGUGCCCAUCUCCCACCACCACCACCAUCACCACCACCUGGGACAGACCCUGGAGGCUGGGGACCUCCUGGAUCACCUUUCCACCAGCCUGGCCGUGACCGGGAUGGGUGCUCCAGAGCCCCCAGGGAUGACUGCGACCUCGCACCACCACCAGCACCCGCACCACCACCUGCAGACCAUGGGACAGCUGCAUCAGGCGAUGGCCACCAUGGCCCAUCCUCACUCCCUGUCCGUGCACGGAGGCAUGGCCUGCGUCAGCGACGUGGAGUCCGAUCCGCGGGAGUUGGAAGCGUUCGCGGAGCGCUUCAAGCAGCGCAGGAUUAAGCUCGGAGUGACCCAGGCGGACGUCGGCGCAGCAUUGGCCAACCUCAAGAUCCCAGGCGUGGGGUCGCUCAGCCAGAGCACUAUCUGCAGGUUCGAGUCCCUCACCCUGUCCCACAACAACAUGAUCGCCCUCAAGCCGGUCCUGCAGGCCUGGCUGGAAGAAGCCGAGGCUGCGCACCGGGAGAAGAGCAGCAAGCCGGACCUUUUCAACGGCAGCGAGAGGAAAAGGAAGCGCACGUCCAUCGCCGCGCCGGAGAAGCGCUCGUUGGAGGCGUACUUCGCCAUCCAGCCUCGGCCCUCGUCGGAGAAAAUCGCGGCCAUCGCCGAGAAAUUGGACCUUAAAAAGAACGUGGUUCGAGUGUGGUUCUGCAAUCAGCGGCAGAAACAGAAGCGAAUGAAGUACUCGGCGGUGCACUGAGUUCUUCCCACCAACAUCAUGAAUAAAAUAGCCUACUACAUUUUUGAUUGAGUGAUUAAUAAUAACCCGAGUAGCCCUAACAAACAGGGAUUUAUCAGCAUCUCUGGGAUCGUUUCCAAAAAUGACUUUACCCAUUUUUGUGUCACUCACUUGGCAUUGUUGCACUUUUCCGGAUUCUGCUGUUGAGGUGGCAUAUUUGUUUCUUUUAAAGGGAUUUUUGAUGUUAUUGAUAAUGUAGUCUGCACACGCUGAGAAGGGACUUUUAUUUUGAACUAUCACAUUUCUUGUCAUUGGAGCCCAACUGGACUUUUCCCCUUUACAACAAAUAGCAAAACAGACUCUAUGAUCUCCACUUCAUAUAUCCAUAAAUACCCACACAAUCAUGUCUUCACCUGUGGAGCCUUUACGAUAUAAAUGUUCCAUGGUUUCACAUUUUAACCACUGAAUUCUUCGAAUGAAGCCGCUCUCUUUGUGAACUGUGAGUGAUCGUGAUUUACGCACAAAAGCGAGUCUUCAUCACAAGCUAUAACACUCUGUUCGUCUUGAAUUAUUAAGAAAUGGAAAUGACACCGACAUUACAGGGAGCACGACCAAUGUGGCUGCUGCUAUAUUUUAGUAUUUUGGUGUGAACAUGUUUUCCAGAAUCACAGGUGAGCUGUAUAGAUAUUUAUUAUAUGGCUUUUUUCACCUGUUAAGUAUUUA